AUGGCUACAAUCGCUACACUAUCAAGUAGUAGUAGUAGCAGUAGUAGUAGUAGUAAUAGCAAUAGUAAUAGCAAUAGCAACAACAACAAUAGUAAUAAUAACAGUAAUAAUAGUAAUAGUAAUAGUAGUAGUAGUAAUAGCGGGAGUGUUUAUACAUCAUCAAGGUAUCAACCUGCCAUUUGUAAAUACUAUAAGUCAGGAACAUGUAAACUGGGCGACUCUUGUCGAUUCACUCAUAGUAAUAGCACAACAAACAACAACAAUAAUAACAAUAAUGUCAAUGGUUAUAUCAAUGGUCAUGGAAACAGCAAUGGUCAUACCAAUGGUUAUGUCAAUGGCAACAACAACACUUACUCCUCCUCUUCAGCUUCAUCAACCCAACCAACAACAAACACAUCAUCAUCAUCAUCUUCCACAACAACACCACUGAUAUCAGAGCUCAUUGGAGGCAGACUGAUGAAUGGCAAUGUGCCAGCACCACUGCCUCUACCACCUGGUCUCGUACAACUACAUCAACCUCCAUUACCUUUACCACUUAACGCACUGUCACUUGACGACUCGUCUUCUUCGGAGGACUUUGUCUCGAUGCAGUGUCGAUCGAACCCAUCACGCAUGCUCGGUCGUCGUCCCUUCCUUCAAGUGGUCGUCCUCUUUGCCACCGACACCAGAGUACUCCGCUUUGCCAAAGAAGUCCAAAGCCUGUUCCUCGAGGGUGGCUUUGAUGUCAACCUCAAGUCUGAGGAGUAUGGACAAUCGAUAAAGACAGAGAACUUAGCAGAGAUAAUCACUACUUCCAAGUCCGAUUGCUUGGUCGUGUUGGGUGACAGGAACUUGAAGAACCGAUCAUGUCAGGCCAAGCGAAGGGGAAAGCUCAUGGAGAUGCAGAUCGACGAUGUGAUUACAGGCAUUUGGAACGAAUGGACACAGUUGUUGCCCAAGGAGGAUGCCGAACUCACCGAAGAACAAGUAUUCGACCUUCUCGAGAGGAACUGCAAGCUACGCCAUGUCAAAGACAGGCUAUCAAAGUUAAGAGCCAGCAUACAAGAGUUCAAAGAGUUAAAGAUACCUACACGCAAGAACAACAGCAGGAGUAACAACAAUGGAAUAUCUUCAUCGUUGGACGAGAAGAUUGCGUCAAAGUUGACGACGGCACAAAAGUCACUCAUCCGUUUCCAUCACCAGGUUGUCGACGCGAUUGUGUACAUCGAGGAGAUGCCCUACAUCACUCACACCGAGACGCUGUCGACGACACGCGGCUCCGUCGUCUCGAUGGACGUGCUCAAUAGCAUUAACAGCGAUCAGCGACCCACGAUCACCGAGUCCAACCGCGACCGCCUGCUACAGCAGCUCGAUAGGAUACUGCCCAAGCUCGAGUCGAUGGCCGACUCGAUCUCUGAGUACGGCGCACCACUCUCUGACGCAUACUUUAACGACUACCGCUCAAAGUUGAACGCUUCGUCCGAUGGCGACUCGCCGUCGCCCCAGAGCAACCCUGAGGAGGAGAUCACGCUUAAGGCGGGUCAGUGGCGUUGUGGCCUGUGCACGUUCAUCAACGAGACCAUCACGCCAAACUGCUCCAUGUGCGAGAAGCCCUAUCCAGCCUCGGACUUUGGCAACGAUGGCUCGUGGUCCGUCCCGGGCAAGAAGUCCAAGAAGCUCACCAUUCAGACCAGUUACACCACGAGAGAGCCAGAGGAGAAGAGAAGGAUUACAGUGCAGCCAGAUGUAGUCGUCCCUUCUGCCGCUGCGGCCACCCCAUCUAAACAGGCUCAGGCUUCAGUACCUGCCGCCACCGCUCAAGCACCAAGCGUUCAGACACCAACCUCCCAGACUCAGACUCAGACACCAAUUGUUGUACAAUCAGUUUCUCCACCACUACCUGCCACUGUCACGCCAUCAUCGACACCUGUAGCCACAACACCUCCUUUAGCCCCUGCACCGCUACCUUUACCGAUUCCUUCCUCCACCUCCACCGCGUCAGUCAACAAUCAACAACAACAUUCUUUUACACAGUUGCUCUCCAGUGCGGUUAUUAUCUUAAACCAUAAUCAAUCAGCUGGCAACACUGGCAACUACGUAACCUCACUAAACAACAGCAGCAACAGCAACAGCAAUGCUCACCACCCCCAGACUGAACUCUCCGAAGACGAAUACCCAACCUUAAAUCAAGCAUCCAAACCAAAGACAAGUGGAAGCUUGAAGUCCAAACAGCCCUCCACCGUCAGUCCACUCCUCAGCAGCAUCGCGAGCAGCGGCCUCGGUGGCAGUGUCAUCCCUCCUCAGAUUGCCGCGAACAUUCUCAACAACAGCAACAGCAACAUCAACAUCAACAACACCUCAUCGACGACGCCCACCUCUGUAUCUGCCUCUGCAUCGGCAUCAGCCUCUGCAUCAGCCUCACCAUCACCGCCCAUCAUGAACAACUCGACCUUGACAAGCUCACCGAUACUAGGACCCUCGCUCUCGGCAGCGGCCAACUACCUCUCGUCGACUGGCACCGGCACGCCCACGAUGAAUGGCUCAGGCACAUUCCCCUUCUACAGCGUGUUCUCCAACUUUGGCCCGUCCUCGACGUCCAACGGCUACCUCGACACCGCGAGCCACUCACACUCGCUCCACAGCAGUCACAGCCAGGCGUUUGCCGCGCAUCCCCAGGACUCGCUGUUUGGCGGCUGGCCCUCUUCAUCGUUUGGCGUUGGUGGAUCGACCAACAACUACUUCUCCGACACACCCUCAUUGUUCACCUCUGGAAGCAUCUUCCAGGCGACACCAGACUUCUCCCUGCAAUCCACGUCCGUCGGAAACGGCACAACAUCGACAUCCAACAGUAAUAGCUACAAUCACUUUACAUCAACUCCCUACCAACAACAACAGCAACAGCAACAGCAACAGCAACAACAACAACAUCAGUAUUCAGGUGGUUACUACACGCCCAGCAUUCAUCACCAACAACAACAACAACAGCAACACCAACAGUAUCAACAAGAGAGUCAAUCAGUCGCCACACAAACAACACCAAGCAUCAAUCCUCGCUCUGCAUUCUCAUCGGGUCAACAACAGCACCAACUACAACAGUUACAGAUCCAAGACCAAUUUGAGAAGGAUAAGAAGAGGGCUCGUGAUGCCGUCAUUGAGAAGUACAGGUAUUCCCAUGCGCCACCACAAAGACCAUGUUGUUAUUGUGGCGAAGAGUCGAUCUUGGAGUGCAAUCAUUGCGCCAAGACAGGUUACGCCACCUAUUUUUGCACGCCAGAGCACCAAUCGUUAAUGUGGAAGGAGCACAUGAAGUUGCACCAAGCUACAAAUAAACAUCAUUAA